GGAUGACACAGAAUAUGAGAAUGCUAUGUUCUAUUGGGGGGGAAAGAUUGAUGACAAAAGUGUGUCUUACAACGGCCAUGUGAAGAAGUUCUGUAAGGUGAAAAAGGGGAUAACAUUGCACGAGUUGGGGGCGAUGAUCAUCCCCAAGGUGGCCCCGAAUGGAAACGUGCAACUGGAGUUCAAAUGUAGGUUCCCAUCUUGGGAGUCCAUAAACGAUGUGAAGUAUGAGUUGGUACCAAUCGACAACGAUGAGGAUUUAGCUUUCGUCUUGAAUCAACCGAAAAGCUCAUGGUCAAAAUAUACUUUGCAAUUUUAUGUACAUGCAAGAAAUAACACCUUUGCCGACCAAGACAUAACACCUUUGCAAGAAAUAACACCACAUGUGGACUGGGACGAGAGCAUGAUGGGCAACAUAACCUCGUCUGUGUAGUGAACUCAAUAAUAUUUUCCAACUACUCUUUAAUUAUAUGGAUGUGAAGAUUUUGCUGCAAUGAGGACAUGUAGAUGCAUAUGGCAGGAAACUCCAAGAGUUGGACAAAUGGUCAAAGUUUGGGAUUUGGAAGUGUAUUAUUUUCAUAAUUUCAGGUUUGAAAUCUAUUAAAUGCAAAUAAUAUAUUGGGGUUAGGCCGAGAUAUGAGACUUUGCCUCAAAAAGAUACAUGCAUAAAACACGAGUGGAUUUAUCUUUACAAAUAAUUUAUUUUACUUGUUUGUUUUUCUUCUAUUGAUUGGAACAAAAUGCAAAAAACUUCAAAUAUUCACUAAUAUUAUUUUUGUUCUACUU